UAAACGUCAUGACCGUCGUUCAAAUUUGACUAUUGUCAAGCAUUUUACCGCGAUUCAAGUAAUUUACAAAGCAUUUGCUGAAGAAUUUUCAAGAGUAUUUUUAUAUUAUACAUAAUGUCCUGGCGACAACCAGCGUGGGACAAGAUCUGCGAGUUUACUACGAAACCGACGUAUGACCUUCACGAUGAAUAUAUGGUGUCAAAGGCGAUCACAGAUGAACAUCCCAAGAUCCAUAACUCGGGUGACGACGUAAAAAGGGAUAUGCAAACUAGACACUGCAUAGCUUUAGGAAAACUAACCGAAACUGAAGCUCGUUUGAAGGCAGCUAGACAGUUUAUGUCAAAAAGGAGAGUUAACCUCGACGAACAGUGGGGAGAACUAACCAGACAAGAAGAAGAAUUGAGGGAAAACUUCAUCGCUUUUAGUAGUUUUAUAAAAGAAAAUGACGAAAAAUGCGCAAGAGCCAAAUCAAAAAUCAACGAGAUGUUGGCUCUUACAUCCACUAGAGCUACAGAGAACAUUCAACUACAGAAAGAAGUAGAAGUCUUGCAGGAAACUAAAACGCGUAUGGACGCAACUAUAAAAAAGUACUACUUAUAUGAGAAAUUCCUACAAAAAGUGAUGGAAGCAUAUCCAGACGUCUUCAAAUCUUUAAAUGAAGUCAUUUAUCGAUAUGAUGCUCUAAUGAAUGCUAGGGGUCAACUGGAAACGCUCAAUGAAUACCGUUUACGGGAACUAGAGAUCGCUAAAGCACAAUUCGGAAAGCUGAUUGAAGAAAAGAGCUUUGUAAUAAUGGGCCUGAACAACCAGAUAGCCAACCUACAAGCUCGAUACGAAAAUGCGAACAUAAAAUCGCUAGAAAGUGAACAACUUGUAAUUCAAAUCAAGAACAAUGCUAUCCAACGCAUGAGCGAGAUAGACCAAGUAAAAACUUCCAUAUGGAACCUCUGUACACAUAUGGCUCAAGGCAAAAGACAGCCUAUGAAGAUUAAGAAAGAUAAUAUUGAAGAGCAAAUAAUGUAUAUAAAGAGAACUCUUACGGAAUUAGCAAAAGUGAACCAAAUAUUGAAGAAACAGGCUAGGUUGGCUAAGCUUAAGAAAAAAGUUGGUGCUGAUAGUGUAAAAGUACUACAUCAGAAACAGAAAAGGUAUCACUAGGAGAUGCUGGGGUGAAAUACCAACCUUUCAAGGAUGAAGAUGCCAAGGAGAUCCUUGAUAUAUAUGAAGAAAGGCUAAAGUAUAUGGAAGAGGAGGUUGAGGAAGAAGAUCCAUUUGAUGGGCUGAAUUUGGAACGAGGUGUAUCAGGGGUUUAUGAUUUAGAAGACUUAGUAGAAGUUCUGAAACGUGAAAAUGCUAUAGAUAUAUUUGUUGCCAAGGUUCCAGAUGGAAUAAAAUAUGUAGAUUAUAUGUGCAUAGUUAGUGGAAAAUCUCAAAGGCAUAUGAAUGCCUUAGCACAAUUUGUUAAAAAGGUUUACAAGCAGAAGAGGCAUGAAACUGAUUUGAUACCAAAAGUUGAAGGAGAAGAUUCUAAGGAUUGGAUAGCUAUAGAUUUAGGAAAUAUUGCUCUUCAUAUAUUCUCUCAAAAUGCAAGACGGCGCUAUGACUUGGAUUCACUCUGGACUGUUGGACCACAAUAUGACAAAGAAUACAACAAACCUGAACCAAUUUCAGAGAUGUUGGAAAGUCAUUCAAUCUAUCUUCAAGGACUUCAACCAGCCAAAUAGUAGUUCAUAGACUUGAUUAAUAUUGUAAAUAUUUUUUCCAAUAAAAAGUAGGUAUAGUUAA